UUUACGUCGCUUUACGUCAUCUCCAUGGCAACAUCAAACACAACACCUGACUCGUGGUUUAGCUAGCAUCUAGUUAGCAUUUCACCAUGUCCUGGUUCUGGAAACAUUUUGACAUUAUAUUUACCUUUGUCUGGCUUUACGCACUUAUUAACCAAACUAGAUUGCUUAUUUUUUACUCUCUGUAUCGUAUGACAGUGAUGAAGUACCGGUCUCUGGAGAGGAGCUAGUCCGCUAGCCUUUAGCUCUUUAUCAAUCAGAGCCUCAUCAGUGAAUCCUGUCACCCGUCAGAUUCUGUGACCUUUACGUCGCUUUACGUCAUCUCCAUGGCAACAUCAAACACAACACCUGACUCGUUUUUUUACAGCAGUUUAGCUAGCAUCUAGUUAGCAUUUCACCCUGUUCUGGUCCUGGAGACGUUUAAACAUUACAUUUUGACGUCCUCUUCGUUGACGCAUUUUUCAGCGUCUGCUGAACGCUCGGCUGCUUCUGAAAGGUUUCUUUCUGACAGGAGACACGAUGGUGCGUCUCACCGUGGAUCUCAUCGCUAAAUCUAGAAACCACUUCAAAAAGAAAAGAGGCCUUUCCUUCCCAGAGUACCUGAGGACGCUCACACACCUCCACUUCUUCAGCAAGAACAUCGAGGACAUAGGGGAUCUCUCGAUGUGUAGAAACCUCACCGUUCUCUACCUGUACGAUAAUCACAUCUCACACAUCUGCAACCUGGCCUUCGCCUGCAACCUCACACACCUGUACCUGCAGAACAACCACCUCACACACAUGGACAACCUGCACAACCUGCAGAGGCUCAACAAACUGUAUCUCGGAGGGAACAGGAUCUUGGUGGUUGAAGGUUUGGAGAAUCUUCCAGAUCUGAGCGAGCUUCACCUGGAGAACCAGAGGCUGCACCCGGGGGAGAAGCUGCUCCUCGACCCCAUGACCCUCCUCUGCCUCGCUGAAUCUCUUUGCGUCCUAAACAUCAACAACAACAACAUCGAUGACAUCAGAGACCUGACGGUGCUGAAGGAGCUCCGACAUUUCUCUGCUGCGGACAACAGACUAAACAAUCUGGAGGUAAACACAAAUAUCUCUACUUAA